CUCCUGUAUACUUCAUUCUCCUCAUGCUCAAGGUGAUGCUGCCUACUUCUGCGUUGCACCAGCUCACUUGUGUACGUUUUCUCUCUUUGGCAAAUUUCAGAUGAAUUUCUGUAACAAAUCCCGAGUCUUCGAAGUCGAGUGCAGACAGCGUUGACGUGGUACGCUACACCCUUCCAAGUCCUGUGCUUUUUUGUUUCAUUGUAGUUUGAAGCUUUCCCAGGAUCUUGCAGUACAUAGAUGUACUGCAUUUACUGUGAUUGUGCGUGUGAGGUAAUCUACAAGUUGCACACAACGACCACGACCCUGUAUAGAGGACACACCAUUUCAAUGCCUGUAAAGUGUUUUGUAUAAACAGGUGUUAACUGUCAGUGGAUAUUCUCUAAAGCACUCUUUUUUCUUUAACGAAAAGUAGGAUAGCUCUUACUGCCUAGGAUAGUCAGACGUACUCGGAAAUAUUACAUCCAUACUUGAAUUCCUGACACAUAGGUGAACGGCACUCCAUUAACCAACGUCUGCAGUGCCGGGAUGUCACACCCAACUACUACACCACUCAGUUUGUCCUAGUGGUGUUUCCUUUGAAUAACAAAUAUCGGGGAAACUUAUUUUUGGAUGACCCUCCUAAUUCCAGUUCUCUUUCUGCAUUUGGCUACAUUUUUUAGAUUUCUUGUGGUGACUCUUGUGGACAGAUACCAGGAUGGAAGACUUAAUAAUAAUUGGGGUUUACAUUGCGAGACAACUGAGAUCAUGAGCGACGUCACAGCAGUCGGUCUGUGGAUUUACCACCUGAGUGUCACACAACACGCCGUAUUUAUUGUCCCUUGCAGAAGAUGGCAUGUCUAAGAAACUUGUAUCUUGGCACUAAGUUGCUGGUGUUUUUGGCCGGGUUCGAGCCGGCGAUCUCGGGAUCAGAAGGCGAACACACUACAAACUCAGCCACCAAGGCCGGUUCACGGACAACUUGAACAACACAGUUAUGUUAACUCUGCCAUCAAGUAAUUCAGUUUCCUACAUAUGUAACAUGUAUGUUUUGUAACAAUGUAAUAUGUAUGUUUUGUAACAAUUGAACUUGAGAUUUGUAAGUCUGAAGGCUAAGUUUAGAACCACCUCUUGAUAAUUUAGCGACUCUAUUUGAUGUGUGUGUGUUCACACCUCUUAAAAACCUAAUAAGACAAAAUCUAGAUGAUUUCUAAUAUGUGGUAUAUACAAGGCCAGCUACAAGACGUCUACAAUUAGACGUCAAUUACUAAAUGUCCACCAGAUGUCUAGUAAAUCACUAAUUUUAGACGUCUAAGUAAUGGUAAGACUUUUAGACGUCUAGUUUGGGCACUAUCCCUAAAGUCUAGUGUUAGAACACGUCUGGACGUCUAGUAGACUACCAUGUGUUCCCUGGGAAUCCCUUGCCAACGGCGAAGGCGAAGCAGUUUGACCCAACAGCAUGCGUUUUGUGUGCAGGGGGUCAGUUGGUGGUCGUUGAGAGGCUGUUUCUUUGCUGCGUUUUCGUCAAAUUAACUGUGGAAAAUAUUCUAAAAAAUAGUCAGUAAAACACUCAAUCCCGCGUUCUGGUGACAUUUUUCAUUGACGUCGUUUUGUGCACUGAUGCGAAACACUGGGUCGACUGACUCAUUCGUUGGAGCAAAAAAAUUAUGAGAUUUUCGGAAAUCUCUGUAGAUCUGUAGAUUUUUCAAAAAGUAGGUAGAUCUCAUGAUAAAUCUGUAGGUGUGGCAACACUGUGUCCUCACACAGCGGCUCCCUCAAGUGGCGUGCAUCGCGAGUAUUCCCACUUGCCACACCCUAGAUACGCCCCUACGCUGAUUCCUACCCCAACCAUGCGCAGAACACGUUUUGUUGUUAGAGGAAAAUUUAGUAUGACGUGGUAUUAGCAUGAUACACAUGCAAUAGAUUUGGCUGUCUGAAUGUCUUCUAUUCGGCAUUAAUACUGUUUUCAACUUUAAAAAAAAUUCUGUGUAUGACACUUAAGAAAGUUUUGGGAAGUUCUAAUAGGGAAUGUACGGACUAGAGCACUGCACGGGCCCUGGCUCACCCGAAAGCCCGAGCCGGCUUGACAACGCUGUCCGUAGUUGGGCAUGUACGCGAACAUAUAUCGCGAGACUGCACAACUGAAUUUUAACGUCACUUUUCCUUUCAUUGGGUAUGGUGUAUCAUGGUAUUCUCAUCUGAGAACUGUCACUUUUUUAUAUGUGAUCAUGCUUAUUUCGUGCAAUGGGUCUGGAUUUCUUUUUCUAGGUUGUUUCUAGAGCACAUUAGAGGAGCACUGAAGUGACCUCCCUCUUUUUUUUUUGUGAGCUGUGACGUGUUCUGCAACGAAUAAAAUAAACUCCCGCGAAAGAGCACCACGCGCAGGCGGCCCUCGGCGCACAAGAGGUCUUUAUUCCGCACACCUUUGAAAUAUCCUCCAAACUUGGGAAUGGGAGAACGUCGUGAGGUAGCCUACUCUACUGGCACUUGACUUGACACGGCAGAUGAGUGGCGCGCGCGCGUGAGCCGACAAGAAAUGGAUAAAAAAGAAAGGGACGAGGACCUUUCGGGACGUAAUGCGACGAGCGUAUUGGCCAUCCGAGGCAGUAGUACCGAUGUGGUUAGAUCGAUGUAAAAAUAACAUGGCCGAGACCCUUUAUUUUGCACAACAUUUACUCAUCACCUUGUUGCAUCAAAACGUUUGCCUGGUUGCAACAAACUACGUCACACGUCUGAUAUCUUUUCUUGGAAAACAAGACACUCGAAGCAUCGAGGUAGAACUACACAGAGUGGACAGAUAGCUGUCCGUUAUCUACAUGCGUUGCCGUCGCCGCUAUUGGCUACUUUCCUGGGAAGUAUGCUUUUUCAGUUGCGCAGUGGCAUGACCGACAGAUACACGGCUCUUCUUUGAAGUUAACAACACCUGGCAGAAUUUUGAAGCAGAUGUCACAGCUGAAGACAUGUAAAGCUAGGUGGCCAUCCAUCCCCUCCGUAGGUCGAAUGGACGAGUUUGUGGCAAAGCUGUGAGAGAUAUUCGAAAGAGCUUUCGAAUGGAAUACUUUUCAUAACAUCCCUCGUUGCUCCCGACAUCGAGCCUGCGAUCCGUCGGAGCCAGUUUCUCCCGUCGUCGCUACAAAUGCUGCUGACGCUGCAGUUCCUGGCUACUGGAAACUUUUUAUCACAGCGGGUGACAUCAUCAACGGGAGACAUACGGAAGAGACAGACCCAUCAGAUCGGGGGAACGAUGGAUGAAGCGAGGAAAACGUCUGAUAGUAGCCUCUGCAAGGAGAGGUCCCAGGAGACGGCAGCAAUCCGGAAAGCGAUGCAUGACGCCAUCGAGAAAGGCGACUUGGGUGAGGUGGAAAAAUAUCUGAACGAGAACAAAGAUCUCAGGCAGUGGUUGAAUCCGGGCACUGACACAUCAGCUUUGGGUAACGCGCUAGAGAAGAAACUACUUAAAAUAUGUGCCCUGCUAACGUCCCGUAACUGCAGGGUUAACGAGAAGAAAAAGCAGGACGAAGGAAAGUACUUCACGCUCCUCAAUAUAUUUGAGAAACGUGAGUAUCUUUACCAACUGGGCUUGCUUCUGCACAAAUGCGAUGUUGCUCAACAACUAGUAAGCAAAUCAUCAAGCAAAACGAGCAGUGACGGGUUCGAAGUCAAAGUGAAAGAAUUGUAUGAAAAACUCACCAAGAUCCCUAUGGUGGACACCAUUCUCCGGGUUGUUGCUACGACCCCGUGGUUAGAAAUCAUAUUCGACUUCCAGAGCGAGAACUUAGACUGCAUACUGGGGAGCGAUUACGAAACUACCUUGGGUCUGACUAUGCUUCGAGAAGAAAAAAUCUAUCUUGCAGCAAAGAGGGAAGACAAUGAACUUCUAGGAACAAUGGCUCACGAGUUUUGCCAUGCUGCCCUGGACAUGGUGUACGAAAAUGGUGGAAAGCCAUACAGGAAAGAUGACACAGUGCGCCGAGACCGCUACCUACGCAUUCUUAGUGAAAUCGAGGCUAACAAAAAUAAACUCCACACUAGAAUAGCAGAGGCAUUCUUUAACGAGACUCAUAAAGAAGAGGAGCUUGUGGUGCGUGUUCCCCACAUGCUCGCAAUGUGUUUCCCGAAGCCCGACACUUGCGAGGCAACCGUGGCACCACAACAAGAGCUUCUACAGAAACAAGUUCCUGAACUCUUCCAGUUUUUUAAGGACGACAUUAUUCGAGAUAUGAAAGAGUUCAUCUCCAAAAAUCGUCCAGAAAAGGAUAGAGAGCACAUAAAGAAACACAAUGAUCAACUAGGCAAAGCCAAGGCGACAGAAGACCUGAAAAUAGAGUUUAAGACGAAGUUCGAUUUGCAAGAUCGCCCACUUCUCGUUCUUAGGGCUCCCAACUUGGCCCUCCUCGAAGUGAUGAUUAACGACGCUGUUAGGUUGAAAGGAGAGUCGUAUCUAUUCCUGGAGGAAAAGAUGUGGGACGAUGAUCGGAAAAAGGUGCUGCGAGAGAACAAGUGUUCCUAUGUAGUCCUGUCGGCUGACACAAAACAUGACCCAGAUCCCAGGAGAAAAAGAUCCCGAGAAGCGAUGCUUGAACUGUUAAAAUCAUUAAUUGAAAUCAGGGAGACCAAAGUGAUUAUUUUGACCGAAAAUUCUGAGCAACACGAAAAGUUCGUGAAAGACAUUAAUGAGUAUUGUGAAAUUGAGGCACAGGUCGUUGAUGUGCCCAAUUGUGGGCUUGCCAACGUAACAGAUAAAUGCAAAGGCGACGUGUUGAAAUCCUCUUCGAUUCAGUUUCAAGAGGCGGGCAAACUAUCAGUUGAUGAAGUAAUGAGAUCAAGUGGUGAAAGAAGGCAUGCCAGCGCAGAGGAACAGACUGGAAACGCGUUUUGGGACCUACUGGACGACAACACAUUUGUAAAGUUAUGUCGGGAGAAAGAAAUUAAAGUGGGACCGAAACUCCAGACGCUGAAUGAAAAGAUAGCUGGGUACUACAUUGAACGCACAUGCAAACGUGCCACUCAGGUGGAUCUUAGUGCGGCGUUACAUACUUUGACGAACGAGGCAUUUGCAAUCAUGAGUUCCUGCGGCGAAGACAUCGAUGGUUCAGUUCCUUACGGGUGCCAUGGACGUCAUCACAGCCAAGUGGAACGUUUCGAAAGAUGUGUGCUGCUGGAUAAUACAGAAGAUUACAAUUCACUUACGCAACGGGCCUGCUACAAAGGAAAGACGGUCCACCUUCUUCGGUACAAUUCACGAAGCUCAGAAUUCCACUGGGUCAGAUCUCAUGGACCUCUUGGACCCCUCCUGGAAGCGAUUUCUGGCGCACGCGAGGUUGACUCGAAAGCGUUGCUUGAUACCCUUCCUGAUAAAGUCGUGGUCAUUUGUGGCGAUCCUGGAAUUGGAAAAAGUGUCAUGUCAUUGCGUAUGGCUAAGGAUAUUAAGGAUCUGGACAAAAUGACAUGGGUCCUCCACGUGGACCUGCAAAAGUUUGAGAUUGAGCCUGGUGAAUGCAACGCUAUGGGUGUUAUCAUGCUUGCUCAAUUAUGCGGCUUAAAGGAGGACACCUUCGAGUUCAACCUUCUCCAGAGGAGUAUCUCUACUGCCUGGCCUUUCAAGGUAUUCGUCAUUUUCGACGCAUACGACGAGGUCGACGCCCAAGCCUGUGAACGUUUGCAAGAAUUAGUGAUUACCCUGCAAAAAACUAUGAUUUCGAAAAUAUUUUUGUUCAGUCAGAAUUGCUCAAAGUUCGAAAUGCAAAACAAGUUGCACACAAUGGCUUUCGAAAUUGUCGGUUUGAAAGAUGAAGAACAAGUGCAAUUUCUGAAAAAGUUUUGGAAACGAAAUGAUUGCAAAAUCAGUGAUCAGAAAUUGGAUUCAUUCGCGGGCGCACUUUUAGGAGGAUUUGCUUCGCAGGGGAAAAAUAAGAUCACCAACAACCCGCUGCUGAUUGAAAUGAUUGCAGAAAUCUAUGAAGAACGACUCCCGCAGAUCCAACAAGGAAACCCCAUAGAUUUGAAACUUGAACUGGGAGAACAAUGCAGCAUGUUAGACAUCUAUGAGAAGAUGGUCAAAAGGAAGUAUACUAUUUAUCGGGAGAAACUGACAGGAGGGACAGUUUUAAACAAAAGCAUCACUAGGGUGCAGGACGAGAAUAAAUACGCGAGGUCGACUUUCUACGAGAACCAUGGUCUUCUCGGCCUCAAGGCCGUUUUCAAAAAAGAAUCGCUGACCACGUUGCUAACGGGAAAGGAGCUCCGGAAACUCGAACCUAAUGGAAAACUAAUGAAACGUGUCAUUGACGGUGGCCUUAAACACGGAUUGGUGGUAGGACACAGCAAUGAGAUUCCCGUGUUUCUGCACAAUACAUUUGCCGAGUUUCUCGCAGCUCAUUUUCUUGAUAGGGAGAUUACAGACGGAAAUAUAGCGGAGAGCGAGGUUACAAAGUUUCUGGCUAGCAUUGGUGGAAACAGCGAUUAUGAUGGGGUCCUCAGGUUCUUCGAUGCAUUGAGAGCAAAACCUCACGCACUUCAUGCCAUAUCAUGAACAACUGGC